UUCAGUUUUGCACACCCCUACUAAUCCGUCUUCGCCUCGUCGGCGAGUGACUCCUGCCGCCGCCGCCGCCGCCGCCGCCGCCACCACCACCUUCCGUCCACUGCCGAUCGCUGUCGUGACAACCAGACGCAUUUCCUCCCGUGCGCACGAGCGCUCGCGAUGCCUGGGCGCGUAACCAAGUACCCAUCGCUCCUCCUCCUCCUCCAGCCCCGCCGCCUCUGCACCACCGCCGCCGCCGCGGGAGAACUUGAUCUCGCGUCCGCCGCCAAGGAGCGUCCCCUUGACGACGACCUCGCGGAGGAGUCGCGCAGCCGGCUCGUGCGCGACACCUGCAAGCUGCUGGAGCUCCGCGGCUCGUGGACGCCGAAGCUGGAGGCGCAGCUCCGGCACCUGCUCCGGGUGCUCUCCCCGCCGCAGGUCCGCGCCGUGCUGCGCGCGCGGGCGCAGGGGGACGCGCGCGCCGCGUUCGAGUUCUUCCGCUGGGCCGACCGGCAGUGGCGCUACCGGCACGCGCCCGAGGUGUUCGACGAAAUGCUCAGCCUCCUCAGCCGCACCCGGCUCCACGACCCCGCCCGCCGCGUCAUGCGCCUCAUGAUCCGCCGCCGCGUGAGGCACGGCCCGCGGCAGUUCGCGCACCUCAUGCUCUCGUACAGCCGCGCCGGGAAGCUCCGCUCCGCCAUGCGCGUGCUCCAGCUCAUGCAGAAGGACGGGUGCGCGCCCGACAUAUCGAUUUGCAACGUGGCUGUGAAUGUGCUCGUUGUGGCUGGGCGGGUCGACAAGGCGCUCGAGUUUGCAGACCGGAUGCGCCGCGUCGAGGUCGAGCCAGACGUAGUCACAUACAAUUGCCUCAUCAAGGGGCUGUGUAGCGCUCGGCGGGUUGUUGAGGCGACAGAGAUGAUCAGUGCAAUGUUACAAAAUGGGUGCCCGCCCGAUAAGAUUACCUAUUAUACAGUGAUGGGCUUCCUGUGCAAGGAGAAGAGGGUGGCAGAGGUGCGGGGUUUGCUCGACAAGAUGAGGAAUGAUGCAGGUUUAUUUCCUGGUCAGGUUACCUAUAACAUGCUCAUCCAUGUGUUUGCGAAGCAUGGUCAUGCAGAUGAGGCGCUGGAGUUCUUGAGGGAGUCAGAGGGGAAAAGAUUUCGUGUUGAUGAGGUUGGAUAUAGUGCGGUUGUGCACUCCUUUUGCUUGAAUGGGAGGAUGGCUGAGGCAAAGGAGAUUGUGGGUGAGAUGAUCUCAAAAGGAUGUCACCCUGAUGUUGUAACAUACAGUGCAGUUGUUGAUGGGUUCUGCCGGAUCGGGGAGAUUGAUCAAGCUAGGAAGAUGAUGAAGCAUAUGUAUAAGAAUGGUUGCAAGCCAAACAUAGUGACACACACCGCCCUGUUAAAUGGUCUCUGCAAAGCUGGGAAAACUUCAGAGGCUUGGGAGUUGCUAAACAAAAGCGGAGAGGAGUGGUGGACUCCGAGUGAUAUCACCUACAGUGUUGUAAUGCAUGGGUUUAGAAGAGAAGGGAAACUAAAGGAAUCAUGCGAUGUUGUAGCACAGAUGUUGCAGAAGGGUUUCUUCCCCACUACCGUAGAGAUUAACUUGCUGAUCCAUGCGUUAUGCAAGGAAGGAAAGUCGGCAGAGGCCAAAGACUUCAUGGAGCAGUGCCAAAGCAAAGGUUGUACCAUUAAUGUUGUUAACUUCACUACUGUGAUCCAUGGAUUUUCUCGGCAGGGUGAUUUGGAAUCAGCGCUCUCUUUGUUGGAUGACUUGUAUCUCAGUAACAGGCAUCCAGACGUUGUAACUUAUACUGUCGUUGUCAAUGCUUUGGGAAAGAAAGGUAGGCUGAAAGAAUCCACAGCGCUUGUGGAGAAAAUGCUUAAUAGAGGGAUUGUCCCUACACUUGUUACAUAUAGGACAGUGAUACAUAGGUACUGUGAGAAGGGUGCAGUGGAAGAAUUACUCAUUCUACUGGAUAAGAUGUUAUUAAGACGAGAGCUUAAGACUGUAUACAAUCAGGUCAUCGAGAAGCUAUGUGCAUUAGGUAAACUUGAUGAAGCUUACAGUCUCCUCACCAAGGUACUGAGAACUGCCUCACAGAGAGAUGCUCAGACAUGCCACAUUCUGAUGGAGAGUUUUCUUAACAGAGGCCUCGCGAUUCAGUCAUACAAUGUGGCGUGCCGAAUGUUUCGGAGAAAUUUGAUUCCUGAUAUUAAAUUAUGUCAAAAAGUAGAUAAUCAGCUGACCUUAGAGAAACAAGAAACAGCUGCUGGAAAGCUUAUAGUUAAGUUUGUAGAAAGAGGUCUUCUGAAACAAGAAAAGUGAGCUUUUGAUUUCUGA